AUGGCACCCGUCAAAGUUCCGAAGAAAGCGCUCAAGUCCAUGGAGCCAGGAGGCGGCCUGAUCCCCAAAAAGAAGAAGGAGAAGAAGAUGGCAAGAAAGAACUACGACAGUUUCUCAAUAUACCUCUUCAAAGUGUUAAAAUCGUGUACAGAAAUAAACGUCGGAAUCAGUAGAAAAAGCAUCCUAAUCAUGAACAAUUUCGUCAACGAUAUCUUAGAGCAGAUCGCUUGUGAAGCUGGAAGACUAAUAGCCCACGGAAAGAAGACUACUUUAAGCGAGAACGAAAUAAGAACGGCCACAAAACUACUCAUUCCUGGCGAGCUGGGAAAGCACGCAUUGCUGGAGGGGGAGAAAGCGCUACGCAACUAUAAGAACCACUCGAACAGUCAGAGUUAUUAA